AUGAAAUCUCCAGAAAUAUUAUUUACCGAGGCAAUUCUUGACAUUACCACACCUAAUGGAAUUCUUCGUUGCGUCCCCGAAGAUGCCGAAAAAAUAUUUUGUGCACGAGCCAGAACUCAAGCUUACUACGACGAACAACUAUUUUUCUACCUUAUUGUGCGUCUUUCCUCUGAUUCCGGCAUAAAUGAUCACGCGUCCGCUACUUCCUUUUUUCAACAACUUGAAGUUUUUGCUGAGGCUUCCUUAAUUGAUGGAAGUGUUUUGUCAGCACCAUCACCUACGCCACCUCCGGUUUAUCGUCUUCCGCCAGGAAGAUCGCGAUCAAAUUCUAAUACAAAUUCGCCUACUACACCUACCUCACCAUUACCCGCACCAAUGGAUAAAAAGAUGCCAAAGGUUGAUGGAACUGUGAUCUACUCUUACGUUUAUAAUCCAAAGGCGAAGGAUCGUGAAAUGCUAGUUCUAUUUAGGAAUGAAUGUUGGUGUUGCAUUGUCCCUUUGGCUGUUCCUGUAGCAUACGUAAAAACUAGAGCACAAUCACCAGCUUUAGCACUAACAGCUGUAGUCUCGCAGCGAGCACAAGUUACCAUACAAAAAGAUCCAGACGAUUAUAGUCCUUAUUCAAAUGACAAUUUUACCACUGUGAAUUUACUUCAAGGACUUUCGGAUGAUCCUUCAUUUGAUGAAUCAACAUCAAGUUUGAUACUCCCCACUUCUCGAAUCCGUGCUGCUGAAUCCAAAAGACAAAAUACUUAUCCUAAUUAUCCAAUGCCUGCACGGCCUCAACCUAUAAAGCGGAGUACUCGUAAAGUUCUACCAGUGAAAUCAGCCUUAAAUGUUCGAAUGCGAACUACCAGUGUCUCCCCUUUGGAUAAUGUUUUAAUGAUGUCAGUUGAGUUAGAAAAUAACACUGAUGCUGGAAGUGCUUUUGAGGUUGAGGCUGUUAAAGUCGAGAUUGCUAAUGGAAUUGUGACGAAAUACGACUGGGGACUUGAGAGCAAUGUUAGUUUGAAUCAAGAUAAAUUCCCUUUAACUUUACAUCCAGUUGAUCAAGUUACCUUUUUGUAUAGCAUUACGAUACUUGAAGAAACUGUCGUUCCCAAAAAUUCGCCGCAAUUCUUUCCUCCUCCUAAUCCUUAUGCAUCACGCGCCUCUUCGCGUCGUUCUUCAAUUGCUUCAGUUUUUUCCUCGAGCUCUACCGUUGCUCCAACAGAAGAUCGACAACGUCACGUCUCUAUCGUCGUUCGAGGAUCACCGGCGUUGGAUGGUAUCCGCAGUCGUAGCAUUGAAUCGCGUUGGAAUUGCAUGUUAGAUUUGAGCAAUCUUCGAAGGCGUGACGACUCUAUGCCACCACAAUUUCCGGGCAUACCAGGAUAUAAUCAGAGAUUAUCCAUGCAAUUUAAUACGAUGAAAACGCCCACUCAAGCUGCAACUCCUUCCAGACCUGGAAGUAUUUUUUCUCCGGGUGCCAUGACCCCUACCCCAACAAAAGGAACAUUUUCUGCGGGUAGUCGAAGAACAUUUGCAGGCUUGCCAACUAUCCCGGAUAAUGAUGUUUUAAGCGCAGUAGGUAAUGGAAUACUCGCCGCUGCCAAUAAAAAGAAUAAUGACGUGGAGACUAGUGACGGUGUUGUUGUGUCAUUUUCCGUUGAAUCGAAAGUAAUUGUUGGUAAAAUUUUUACCAUCCAAGUGUUUAUAGUAAAUCGCUCCAAGCAUGUGAGGAGAUUCACAGUAGUAGUUCCGAAUAGAAGACGCCCUAAUGACGCACCACCUAAUCAAAGAGCAAUGAAACAUCUUCCACCAUUACCGGCUGGUGGCAAGCUUCCGCUUCCAACUGAGGUCUUAGGACAUGGAAAUUCAACUGUCGAAGCUUUCAUGGAAGAAGCAGAAUUUUUGAAGCGAUAUUUGGAAUUUGAAACCAAUGAAGCUGACAUAAUAUGCCUGGAAAAUAAUGUGCGGAUAGGUCCGCUAAAUCCAUCGACAUGUGAAUCUUUAUCCUUACAUUUUAUCGCAGUCCGCGAAUCCUUACAUGUAAUUGAUUUGGUGCAACUCGUAGACAAUGAUACAGGGUUCAUCACAAAUCUUCGAAAUGUUUUAGAGAUUUUUGUGGGCAAAGGGAAUAACAAUAGUGCCUCAAUUAAAUAG